AUGCCCUACAUCGACACGAAUAAGGACUUGGCUGCUCUCUUCGAGCUUCAGGCUCAAUCCACGCCUGACGCCAUUGCCCUCGAAGAUGAGAGCCGUACCCUUACAUACGCCCAGCUCGACAGCGAGACCUGGGCACUGGCAGACCGCCUGCGCAAUUGCGGCAUUGGCCGUGAUAGUCUGGUCGGCGUGCUGAUGGGCCGCUGCGCCGACAACGUCAUUGCCUCGCUCGCUGCACUCCGAGCAGGUGGUGCUUUCUUGGUCCUGGAGCUGGCCUACCCCUCUGCUCUGCUCCGCGACGUCGUCGAGGACGCCCAGCCGACCGUCAUUAUUACCCAGAAAGCACAUGCUGGCCAAAUCAAGUCUGAUAUCCCCGUCAUCAUUAUCGACCAGUCCGAGGGGGAUGCCAAUGGCUAUCCUGACAUUCCAAUUGUCGACACAAAGCGCCCGCUGCCGGAAGACGACGAUCUGGAUCGCCUGGCUUUUGUGUCGUAUUCUUCCGGAACGACAGGCAAGCCUAAAGGUAUCGCCAACCCUCACCGAGCCGCGAUUACCUCCUACAAUGCGAGAUUUGGCGUUUGCGAUCUGCAACCCGGCGACCGGGUCGCCUGCAAUGUCUUCUUCGUCUGGGAAAUGCUGCGUCCGCUGAUCCGCGGUGCCACUACCGUCGCAAUCCCGGAUAGCGCUAGCUAUGACCCAAUUGCUCUUGUCGAGCUUCUAUCUUCCCGCAAAAUUACUGAUACCCUCAUGACCCCCACCCUCCUCGCCACGGUCCUCUCCCGUCACCCUAACCUGGGUGAAAAACUACCCCACCUCAAGUCUCUUUGGCUCAAUGGUGAGGUCGUCACGACCGAUCUCUGCCGCCGCGCAUUUGCUGCGAUUCCCAACAUUCGACUUCUCAAUGUCUACAGUGCGAGCGAGACCCACGAAGCUGCCGUCGGUGACAUCAAGACAUUUAUCGACUACGAGGCGCGCGUCUGCCCUGUCGGGCCUCCCACCGAUCCAGAGCACACAUACAUUCUCGAUGAGGCUGGUAACCGUGUCGCCCCUGGCGUCAACGGCGAGCUCUACGUUGGUGGCGAUAUGCUUGCUCGUGGGUACCUCAACCUACCCGAGACGACCCAAAAAGCUUUCCAGCAAGAUCCCUUCGAGCACAACCCCAAUGCGCGCAUGUACCGCACUGGCGACAUCGCCCGGAUUUUGCCAUCUGGCCUGCUGGAAAUUACUGGCCGUGUUGGUGGUAUGAUCAAGACGCGAGGUUACACUGUGCAGCCAGCUGCUGUUGAGACCAGCGUUGUCAAGCACUUGGCAGUUCGCGACUGCGCUGUCGUUGCGACCGGAGAGGGCCUACAGCGCCAGCUUGUUGCCUAUUUUGUGCCGGAAACCAAAGAUAUUUCUGGUCGCACUAUUGUCGUUGUUGACGAUUCAGGAUACAGUCCUGUGGCACGACGUGCGCUCACGGACCAUUUGGCGCAUUACAUGAUCCCGCCUCUGUGGGUUGAGCUGGGCGAAUUACCGACCCACGGGGUCUCGGGCAAAACCGACUUGAAAGCGCUGCCACCACCCCCCUCGCCAAAGACUCCGCCGCGCCAGAAGAAGCCGGAAACCAAUAUUCGAGUCAAGAUGGAAACAAUUGUACAGAUUUGGGCGGCUGCGCUCAGCAUGCCGACAACGGCCAUUGAUCCCAAGCUUGACUUUUUUGAUCUCGGUGGUCACUCUCUUAUUCUCGCCGACUUGUCCAAUCGUCUGUCCAAGGCCUUCGGUUUCCCUGUACCUGUGGCUCCGCUUGCUGGUAACCCGACGCUGGAAGGCCAUCUCGCGGCCGUCAAGGCCGCCCGUGAUGGCCACACUGCGGCUGUGCAGGCCGAUUUGCCCGCCGUUCUCGCCGCGGAUUGUGUCCUGCCAGACGAUAUCGAAGCUCCCUCCGGCUCCAAAAUGUGCCGACUGCGCGAUGCAGAGACCGUACUGUUGACAGGCUCCACUGGCUAUCUUGGCGCAUUUUUGCUCAAGUCGCUGCUUGAGAAUACCACAGCCAAUAUUAUCUGUCUAGUGCGUUUCACCGAACCUAAAGAUGACUGCAGACCGGCGGGUAUUGCCCGCGUCCGCAAGAACUUGAUUGAUCUCGGCAUCUGGGAAGAUUCCAUGCUUGACAGAAUUGACAUUUUCCCGGGUAAUCUUGCACGAAAGCGCCUUGGUCUAUCACCUGAAAUGUUCGAUGAUCUCGCAUCCCGCGCCCAAGUCAUCAUCCAUGCGGCUGCCACCGUCAACCUUGUCUACCCAUAUGCUGCUCUCCGCAAUGCCAACGUUGGCGGUACAAGAGAGAUGUUGCGCCUUGCUUCCCGAAACGGAGCUACUCUCCACCAUAUUUCCACCAACGGUGUGCUCCCGCCUUCUGUCGAGGGAUGGUCUGAGGAUACAAUGAUCAGCAUUGAUGCUGUUCCUACGGACCUGCUGGAUGGCUACGGUCAAACCAAGUGGGUUGCAGAGAAGCUUGUAUGCGAGGCAGGCCGCCGUGGUGUGCCGGUCAAGGUUUAUCGUCCAGGCACCAUCAGUGGACAUUCCACCACCGGCGCUACAAACACUUACGAUCUGCUCAACGCUCUCAUUGUUGAGUCGCUGCACCUGGGCCAUGUUCCGGACGUUGACGGUUGGUAUGCAGAGAUGACACCAGUCGACUUUGUCAGUGAUGCCAUUACAACUCUUGCAAACCACGACGACCCCAGCCAAACUGUCUACCACGUUGGCGACUCCAAGCCCCCUACUGCGGCAAAGAUCUUUGAGUGCUUGCAUGAGCUUGGAUACGACACCAAGAAGCUCGCAUGGAACGAUUGGGUUGCCAUGUGGCAGGAGAAGCGCGGUUCCCACAAAGGAGAUGAGCCUUUCACUGUCGACAUUCUCCGAGGUGGUAUGCCGACUGUUGAAGCACUCCAGUGCGUCAUGGUCCUCAAGGACGACAAGACACAAGAAGCACUUGACUUGUACGGUAUGAAGCGGCCAAACAUUGAUGCCGCUCUCUGGAAUACAUAUGCCAAACAUUUCUACGCCCGUGGUUGGCUGCCUCGCCCGCCCCGCCAGCAAGCUAAUGGCAGCAACGGCAUCAACGGUGUGAGUGGCCUCAGCCUGAAAACCAAGGGCCGCCUUGCUGGCAAGGUGGCUGUUGUUACCGGCGCUUCCUCUGGCAUUGGUGCGGCAGUGGCAGCCGGUCUCGCCAAGGAGGGUGCACAUGUUGCCAUUGCCGCUCGCCGUCUUGACGCACUUGAAGCAAUCAAAAAAAAGGUUCUUGUGCAUGGAGGAAAAGUUCUCACUCACAAGACUGACGUCACGAAAAAGGAAGACGUUGAGUCUUUGAUGACUACCGUGCAGGAGAAACUUGGUGCUAUUGACAUUCUCGUCAGCUGCGCUGGCGUCAUGUACUUCACCAUGAUGGCGAAUGUGAAGACAGAUGAGUGGGAGCGCACCGUCGACGUGAACUGCAAGGGUCUAUUGCAUUGCUUGUCGAACACUGUGCCGGGCAUGCUGCAGCGCGGUGGCGGCCACAUUGUCGCUAUUUCGUCUGAUGCGGGACGCAAAGUUUUCCCCGGACUGGGUGUCUACUCUGCUAGCAAGUUCUUUGUGGAAGCGACUUUGCAGAGUCUCCGAGUUGAGACUGCGGGAACAGGUUUGCGAGUAACUUCUAUUCAGCCGGGUAACACCGAGACGGAACUUCUUGGCAUGUCCACGGAUGAGGAAGCCAUCAAGAAAUUUGGUGAGCCGACUGGAGCCAAGGUUCUUGAUCCUACCGAUGUCGCUUCGUCGAUUGUGUACGCCGUCUGCCAGCCUCCGCAUGUGGCUGUGAACGAGGUUCUGAUUGAGCCUCGUGAUGAACCUAUUUAA